AGUUGUCAUUAAACGCCCUCCUGCUCUCGGAAUCCAUUUUCAGAGAAAUCCGUAGCUCCGUCGGAACCAUGGCGCCACCGGCAGCGAUUCGGUGGUUCGCGGUCAUUUCAUCUCUAAUGCUGUUCCAGCUCAUCACUCCAUCGAUGGCCAUCUACUGCGACGAGGACGACUGCUACGAUCUCCUUGGGGUUACGCAGAGCGCCAAUUCGUCGGAAAUCAAGAAAGCUUACUACAAGCUCUCAUUGAAACAUCACCCGGAUAAAAACCCGGAUCCGGAAUCGAAAAAGCUGUUUGUGAAAAUUGCCAACGCUUAUGAGAUUCUGAAAGACGAAGCGUCGCGCGAGCAGUAUGAUUAUGCCAUUGCACAUCCAGAGGAGGUAUUUUACAAUACGGCUCGCUACUAUCAAGCAUAUUAUGGUCACAAAACGGAUCCUCGGGCUGUCCUGGUUGGCCUUCUUUUGAUUCUUUCUGCAUUUCAGUAUCUAAAUCAGUGGACAAGGUAUAAUCAGGUACUGCUGUAGAUACUGGUCAAGAAGACUCCUGCGUACAAAAAUAGACUACGGGCUUUGGAACUUGAGCGUACUGGAGGGACUACAAAUAAGAAGAAGAGCAACAGGCAGAUGAACAAGAAAGUGGAAGAAGAUCUCGGCAGCGAACUGGAGCUGCAGAUUAACGGUGCGGAACAACCCUCCAUGUGGGAUCUUCUUGGUGUCCGUUUCAUACUUCUGCCCUACACUAUUGGCAAGCUAUUACUAUGGUGUGGCUGUUGGUUCUGGAGAUACAAUGUGAGAAAAGCACCAUAUACAUGGGAUGAUGCCUCCUACCUGACACGGAGAUCCCUUGGUGUGCCUAUUGACGGAUGGAGAAAUCUAGAUGAAUCAAGAAAGGAAGAUCUUAUUCAUAAACGUUUAUGGGAAAAAGCAAACUUGGAGAGCUACCUUGCGGAUAUGCGCAAAGAAUCCAAGCGGAGAAGAUAGCAAAUUUUGUCGCCUAUGCUAGCUUAUGCUCUCCAAAUACUGACAAGAUAAUUAGACCAAGACACGAAAGAGAUGACCUAUGUUUUUGUUGGAAUAGCCGAGUGGUGGAGGAAGGCGGAAUAUUAAGAUUUUUACUUGCAAAUCGCUACAUUAGCAAAUUGUACUUUGUAAACUUUAAUAGAGGAAGUUAUAACUCAUAAAGGCCAGAUUUGUAUGGAUUAAAUUGAAUUAUACGAGACCUUGAGGUAAAAGCAUUUCCAUUUGAUGCCCA